AUGCAGGCCUUCCGCAACUUCCAGGCGCAGAUCCCGGCCCUCCCCGCCGUCGACGUCACCGCCGUCAGCAAGAGCUUCAGGCAUACCCUCCAGUCCACCAGGGAACGCAUCGGCCAUGUCGGCCCCGACGGUAUCACAGAACUUCCCGCCGAGUACAAGCAGCUCGAGGCCCGAGUCGACGCCCUCAAGGAGGUCCACCAGAAACUCCUCAAGAUCACAAAGGUCCACGAGCGAGAGUCUUACGACUACCCCGCCGAUGUGACCGAGGGUCUCUCCGAAGUCGGCCAACAGGCAGCUUCCGCGUGGAGCACCUUUGCCAACAAGAACCUCAAGGGCACCAACUUGCCCAUCCCCAUUCCCAACCCCACUGCGCCUCCUCCUCACCAGCCCAAGACUCUCCCUCACGCUCUUUCCAGGGCUGCCAAGUCGGGCGCCACCGAGCUUGGGGACGACCGAUUGGGCGUCAACCUCGGUAUCUACGGUGCCGCCAUGGAAAAGGUCGGCGACGCCCGUCUCGCCCAGGAUCAACUCAUCUCGGAGCGAUUCGUCACCCCCUGGCAAGCCACCCUCUCCACCUCCAUCAGCCUCGCCCUCAAGGCCCGCGCCAACGUCAAGGAGUCCCGACUGGAGCUCGACUCUGCUAGGGCCGCUUUGAAGGGGGCUGCGCCCGCCAAGCAGGAGCAGGCCAGGUUGCAUGUGGAGGAGGCGGAGGACAGGCUUGUGCAGAAUACUGAGACUGCUAUCGGGCUUAUGAAGGCUGUGCUUGAGAACCCCGAGCCGCUUCAGAACAUUUCCAACCUCGUCAAGGCCCAGCUCAUCUACUAUUCCACCGCCGCCGAGACUCUUUCCGGUAUCCAGGGCCAGAUCGAAGAGGCUGCCACUGCCGCCGAGGGCGACUACAGGCAGUCCAGGGGUGCUUAA